AUGAGAGAGAGUAGCCAUAGACCUCUCAUAUUUGGAACCCCUUUCCUGUCUACUGUGGGUGCCAUAUUUGAUUUCCCCAAUCAAAGAAUCUCUUUCAACAAGGUGAACAAGGGUAUGUUCUUCCCUAUGUGUUCAACAAAGAACUCUUUUGUUGACAUGGUCCAAGAGGAGAAAGUUACUUUGAAGCCACCCCAAGAAGGAGAAACUGAAGAUACAAUCAAGGAAGAUCCCAUUCCUAAGCCCAAGCAGCUUGCCAACAAGCAAGGAGUAAGACUAAGGCCCCUACACCAAAACCGCCCAAGGGAUCAUCCAAGAUUGAAGAUGAGGCCAAGCCAAGAAGAAGGCAUUUGUGCCAAGGGACAUUCAUGGAGAGAUUGUCUAUCCAGCUGUGAAUCACCCACCAGAUACUCAUUGCAAGGAGAAAAGACUUGGAGGAUCAAAGAUGCCUCUUGUCUCCAUCUUCUCCUGAGCGCCAAGCCUUACAGUCAAGCUAAAGACUUAAAACAAGCGCUGCAUGGGAGGCAACCCAUGAGGAUAGAAGGAGAAAAAGGUGUGAAAACACAAUCCGCGCCAAACAUUGGCCGCGGACGCGCAAAAGUGAUUUUGGCCGAGCAAAUUUCCAAUCGGGCCGACCACGGUCGAGCCGGGAAGGAACGGCUUGCUCGGCCGGAUUAUAUCGCGCGACAGAAACGUCGCGCAGCACGCACGACCAGAAAGAAACAGGCCGCGAUCGGCCGGAUUUUGUAUCGGAACGGACCGACCGUACGGUCGAUCCGGGAAACAAACGAUCGGCCUCGGCCGAAAUUCUCGUCCAUUCGCAAUUUGGCCGACCAAAUCGCUCGACCGCGACAAAUCCAUCGGCCAUCGGCCCAAAACUUUUCUCGGCCAAGGUACCCAAUGGCAAAGACAAAAGGAAAUGAGAGUAUGAAGAAGAAGAAGAACCCAUUCAUGGAACCACCAAAGAAACAAAUCAAGCUAGGGAGUAGUAGCUCCAAUGCAAGAGCAGCAAUACCAACUUCACCACAUUCCAUUGAUGCAAUCAAGAACAUGUGGAGAGUCCAAGAAGAGGAGAAGAUGAUUGGGCACUUGUAA